AUGAAUGAUCAUGGAAGGAAAUCGACUUGGACCACGCAAUUGUCGCCGUACCUGAAAGGCCUCAAGAUAAAGAACCUCAUGACGUCUCCUAAAUCACCAAAGUCACCCAAAUCCCCAAAGUCGCCAAGGUUUCCACUUUCACCCAAAUCGCCGAGAUUCCCUCUAUCACCCAAAUCACCCAGAACGCUACCGCCAAAGCUUCUCGACGAGGACUCGUCAUUUCGAAUUAUACAUACGCCUGACAGGCCGGAACGACCGAUAUCAAAACGGGCCAUCCCGAAUGACGAACAGUGCAUGGCAUUCCUUAUGUCUUUGCAGAGACAAGAAGAACACAAGAGGGGAGGCGUCAAGACGGGCCUCAAGAUGUGGCCGUACCCGGACGAGCAGGAGGCCGAGGACCGUAGGUAUCUGCGGAGCGUGAGGGUCGAAAGUGUGCACUUGGAGGAAGCUCGUCUCGCGAGAACAAAUUCCUCCGGCCCGGCCAAGGUUGUGGAAGUGGGCAGAAGCUCGACCAAGUCGACGAUGGCAUCACGGCGAUCAUACCACACCAGCACACCCAGUGUUAGUGACGCAGGGGACGUCGAAGAAAAGCCCCGAUGCGGUCUUACAGUGGCCGUCGGUGUUGCCCUCCUCUCUCCACCGCCGACUGUGCCCCGCAGUCAAUCAAGGCUAAGCUUUCACACGCCAAAAGCCAAUACAUCUCGCUGGUCCGAUGACAGCAUCGAGUCCCUCUUCUCGUCGAGAGACAUGGACUCGCCAUGCCCUCAGCGAGUUACUGUCCGCUCAUCCUCCGAGGCGCUGUCACCCACUGUCGUCGGGGACGAGUCUGUUGGCUCAUACUCGCCUCCCCUUCUGACGCCAGUGAAAGAUCGGCCUGCUACACCGUUCACGGACCCUCGUCUACGGGCGACAUCCGAACCGAUGACGCCUCCGCCUUCAGAUCACAUUGUUCACCAGAUGAACAUAAGCCCUGAGCCGGUGCCGCGGAAGUACUCAUGGCGCUCUUCCAAAGAUACGAUCCUCAAUACAGGGGCCCCGAUAUCAAGAUUCCAGUCGUGGCUACCAGAAGCGCGGCCGGAAGAGGAUUCCGAGGGGGGACAGCAGCAACAACAGCAACCUGAGCCGGAGGUCUACGGCGAGUGGGCGGAUUACUACUUUGAGGAUGGGAAUUUCUGGGAUGACUAUUCGGACGGCGAUGAGGAAGGAGAUGAGACUAAGGUAGAGGAAGAGGAGGAUAUCGACGCCAUCGAGAAGGAGGAGCAAGAAGUCGGCGACGAAGAAGAAGAAAAGGAGGAAGGGAACGAGGGUCAAAAAGACCGGCUUCGGGUCGACGAUGAGGAGGUUUAUCCGCGCUACGAGAGUUUUAUCAAGGAUUACAAGAACAACGUCAUGAAUAUCACGGUUACGGAGGUGUGA